AUGGAGAAUGACCUAAAAGACAUGAUGAGUUCCCUAGAAUUCGUCCAUGCGGAGGCUAAAGAUCUGAAGGAAGAAAAUGAAAAACGCAAGGCAGAAGGACAUAAAACGGACGAAAGACUAGAAAAACUGGCGGAUCUAAAUACGGCAUUAAAGAAUCGCGUCAUUGACCUACAAGCGAGGUCAAUGCGCGAUAAUUUGAUAUUCUACAAUAUCAACGAAAUGAAGGAUGAAAACCCAACAGACAUCGGCCACG